GAAGCAAACGACGCCGCAUUCUACGGUCGGUCGUUGACGGAUUCGGAGUGCUUGUUUCUCCGCUCCGAUCAGUGUAUAAUCGGCGUGUGCAUCUGUGCUCCUGCGAAUUUAUACGAUAGUGUCGGUGAAAAUCAAAGAGAGAGAGAGAGAGAAAAAGUGCGCUCAGAAGGAACGAGAUAAGGAUGUGGCGAGAACAUCCAGGCGGGGGGUAUAAGAUACCCGUCAACGUCAUGCUCCUGUUAGUUGCUGUCCUGGUAUCGACAACGGUUGUUUUGGCUGAAGAUGUAUCCAUGGGACCGGUAUUCGUCAAGGAACCUCCAAACCGAGUCGAUUUCUCAAAUGGAACUGGAGCCGUUGUCGAAUGCCAGGCAAGAGGAAAUCCUCAACCGGAUAUCAUCUGGGUUCGCUCCGAUGGAACUGCUGUAGGAGACGUUCCUGGGCUGAGACAGGUUUUGCCAAACGGAAAUUUGGUAUUUCCCCCUUUCCGCGCUGAGGAUUAUCGUCAGGAAGUUCACGCUCAGGUCUACAGCUGUUUGGCACGUUCCCCUGCAGGUUCGGUACACAGUCGUGAUGUCAACGUGAGAGCUGUGGUGCAUCAGUAUUAUCAGUCCGAAGUCAACAAUGAAUACGUAAUACGCGGCAACGCGGCUAUUCUUAAGUGCAGUAUACCGAGCUUCGUCGCGGAGUUCGUUCAAGUCGUUGGUUGGCAGGACGACCAGGGAAACUCUUUUGAUCCGGAUCAGGAUAACGUCGUGACUCAAUAUUACGAAGCGGAAGUUGUAUCGGAGUACGUAAUACGUGGAAAUGCGGCUAUUUUGAAAUGCACCAUACCAAGCUUCGUCGCUGAAUUUGUGUCGGUCGAAUCGUGGGUGGGAAGCGACGGCUCAACCUUCAAAUCAUCUACUGAUUAUGAUGGAAAAUACUUGGUACUGCCAUCCGGAGAAUUGCACAUCAGGGACGUCGGACCCGAAGAUGGAUAUAAGACUUAUCAAUGUCGCACAAAACACAGACUCACAGGUGAAACUAGACUAUCCGCUACGAAGGGACGUCUCGUCAUUACUGAACCGGUUGGAAGUAGUCCGCCUCGAUUGCCGCCUAGAUCCAAAUUUGAUGGAAUGAUGAAAAUCGAAGGUCAAGCAGUAACAUUGCUCUGCGAUGCUCAAGCCAGUCCAUCGCCUUUGUUUAGAUGGUACAAAUUCAUGGAGGGCACGUCGAGACGUCAGCCGGUCCAGCUGAAUGAGCGCGUACGUCAGGUUAGCGGCACUCUGAUCAUCCGUGAAGCGCGAGUCGAAGAUUCCGGUAAAUAUCUCUGCAUCGUCAACAAUUCCGUCGGCGGCGAAAGCGUGGAGACUGUUUUGACUGUUACGGCACCGUUGAACGCGGAGAUCGAACCGAGCACGCAGACCAUCGAUUUUGGAAGACCCGCGACCUUCACCUGCACCGUCCAAGGCAACCCGAUCAAGACCAUCUCCUGGCUCAAGGAUGGAAAGCCCCUUGGAUUGGAAGAUCGCGUGCUGAGAAUCGAGAGCGUGAAGAAGGAGGAUAAGGGAAUGUAUCAAUGCUUUGUUAGAAAUGAUCAGGAAAGCGCGCAAGCAACAGCAGAACUGAAACUUGGCGGAAGAUUCGAGCCUCCCCAGAUUCGUCAAGCCUUUGCAGAAGAGACUCUUCAGCCCGGACCGAGCAUGUUUUUGAAGUGUGUUGCCAGCGGGAAUCCCACCCCCGAAAUUACCUGGGAACUUGAUGGAAAACGGUUGUCGAACACCGAGAGACUGCAAGUGGGACAAUACGUCACUGUCAAUGGUGAUGUCGUGUCGCAUCUGAAUAUUUCGAGCAUUCAUACCAAUGAUGGUGGACUGUACAAGUGUAUUGCUGCAUCAAAGGUUGGAGCUGCCGAGCACUCUGCACGUCUCAACGUAUAUGGUUUGCCGUUCAUUCGCCACAUGGACAAGAAGGCUAUCGUUGCUGGAGAAACUCUGCGCGUCACCUGUCCUGUUGCUGGAUAUCCGAUCGAAAGCAUCGUUUGGGAACGAGACACCAGAGUUCUGCCGAUCAAUAGAAAGCAAAAGGUCUUUCCUAAUGGCACUCUUAUCAUCGAGAAUGUUGAACGAAUGAGCGAUCAGGCGACCUACACUUGCGUAGCACGCAACGCACAGGGUUACAGUGCACGUGGAACUCUGGAAGUUCAAGUUAUGGUUGCUCCGCAGAUCUUCCCGUUCACAUUCGGCGAUGAGCCGGUGAACUCGGGCGAGGCAAUCUCCGCGACCUGCUCCAUCCUCAAGGGGGACUUCCCGAUGGACAUUGCCUGGGCUUUCAACGGUGAGCCGAUAUCCGCCGAGAGCACAGAUCAAUUCUCUAUAACGAAGGGCAAGCGUCUCAGCGUCCUGUCGAUCGAUGCUGUCGCGGCCAGACACGCCGGCGAGUACACUUGCACCGCGUCGAACAAAGCCGGGGCUUCCAGUCAUACGGCCGCUCUAGCUGUAAACGUACCUCCUCGUUGGAUUCUGGAGCCCACUGAUAAGGCAUUCGCUCAGGGUUCUGAUGCGCGAGUCGAAUGUAAAGCCGACGGAUUCCCCAAGCCUCAAGUCACAUGGAAGAGAGCUGCUGGGGAUACGCCGGGUGAUUACACUGACUUGAAAUUGAGCAAUCCUGAUAUUAGUGUAGAAGAUGGUACUCUGUCCAUUAAUAACAUCCAAAAGACAAACGAAGGCUAUUAUCUUUGCGAGGCUGUUAACGGCAUUGGAUCAGGCCUAUCGGCUGUCAUUCUCAUUUCGGUCCAAGCUCCUCCUCAAUUUGAGAUUAAAUUAAGAAAUCAGACCGCUCGUCGCGGAGAACCGGCUGUAUUGCAAUGCGAGGCGCAGGGAGAGAAACCAAUUGGCAUUUUAUGGAAUAUGAAUAACAAAAGGUUAGACACAAAGAGCGAUCCUCGUUACACUAUUCGUGAAGAAAUCUUAGCAAAUGGAGUAUUGUCCGACUUGAGUAUCAAACGAACCGAGAGAAGCGAUUCUGCCUUAUUUACUUGCGUAGCGACGAACGCCUUUGGCAGCGAUGAUACUAGUAUUAACAUGAUCGUACAAGAGGUGCCGGAAGUUCCAUACGGUCUCAAGGUGUUGGAUAAAUCAGGACGUUCAGUGCAAUUAUCAUGGGCCGCACCUUAUGACGGAAACAGCCCUAUUAAGCGAUAUGUCAUUGAAUACAAGAUCAGCAAAGGUUCCUGGGAAACUGAUAUCGACAGGGUGCUCGUACCUGGUUCGCAACAGAAUGUAGCUGGAGUAUAUAAUCUAAGACCCGCAACUACAUAUCAUCUUCGAAUCGUCGCUGAAAAUGAAAUUGGCACGUCCGAUCCGUCUGACAUGGUCACCAUUAUUACCGCCGAAGAGGCACCCACUGGUCCGCCAACCUCAGUCAAGGUCGACACUCUUGAUCAGCAUACUCUCAAGGUAACAUGGAAACCGCCUCCACGCGAGGAUUGGAACGGCGAAAUUCUUGGCUACUACGUUGGAUACAGACAAUCAGCGGAUAAACCGUACAUGUUUGAAACUGUCGAGUUCUCCAAGGAAGACGGAAAGGAACAUCAUCACCUGCAGAUCGUUAAUCUCAAAACCUAUACGCAAUACGGCGUGGUCGUUCAGGCAUUCAACAAGGUCGGCUCCGGACCGAUGAGUGAAGAACGCAGACAGCACACCGCGGAAGGCGUACCCGAGCAACCGCCGCAUGAUACCACUUGCACGACUCUCACCUCUCAAACUAUCAGAGUAUCCUGGAUGUCACCACCUCUCAGCGCGGCUAACGGUGUUAUCACUGGCUACAAAGUUAUCUAUGGUCCGUCUGACACGUGGUACGAUGAAAAUACGAAGGAUACUAAGAUCACGUCUUCCAGCGAAACUAUCCUGCACGGCCUCAAGAAGUACACGAACUACAGUAUGCAAGUUUUGGCUUUCACUUCCGGCGGAGAUGGCGUCAAGUCCGCACCGAUUCAUUGCCAGACCGAACAAGAUGCACCCGAAGCUCCAAUCGCUAUCAAAGCUCUGGUCAUGUCCGCGGAAUCCAUUCUUAUCUCGUGGCGACCACCUAGCCAGCCUAACGGAGUUAUUUCUCAGUAUACCGUUUAUACAAAAGCUGACAAUGCCGAGGAAGCAACUAGCCAAAAAGUACCGCCAAAUCAACUCACUCAUGAAGCAUCUGGAUUAGAUAAACAACUCAGAUAUGAAUUUUGGGUAACUGCUAGCACAAAUAUCGGCGAAGGUGAAGCUUCUAAGAUUGUGACUCUGAGCCCAAGCGUUCGAGUACCAGCCAAGAUCGCAUCAUUCGACGACAAGUUCACCGCGACAUACAAGGAAGACGUAAAACUGCCGUGUCUCACCGUUGGCGUGCCCGCACCAGAAGUAACAUGGAAAGUACGAGGCGCGACUCUUCAACCGAGCGACCGAUUAAGACAAUUACCCGAAGGAUCACUGUUUAUCAAGGAAGUUGAUCGCGCGGAUGCCGGGGAAUAUUCUUGCUACGUAGAAAACUCAUUUGGACACGAUACUGUGACUCAUCAAUUGGUCGUACACGCUCCUCCGCACUCACCGCAGGUCACACUUACUGCCACCACUACAAAUUCUUUGACGAUGAAAUUGCGCCCGCAUCCGACCGACAAUGCUCCGAUUCACGGCUAUACAAUUCACUACAAACCCGAGUUUGGCGACUGGGAAACUGUUCAGAUCAGUUCCACGGCACAAAAAUACACUCUUGAAAAUCUGUGGUGCGGUUCUCGAUAUCAGAUCUAUGUCACGGCUUAUAACGGAAUUGGAAUUGGCGAUCCUUCGGAUAUCUUAAACACGCGCACAAAGGGCUCCAAACCGAUCAUCCCCGAAGCGGCGAGAUUUAUCGAAGUAUCCACGAACAGCAUCACUCUGCACUUGAGCGCCUGGUCGGAUGGUGGCUGUCCCAUGUUAUACUUCGUACUUGAGCACAAAAAGAAGCAUCAACAGGAAUGGAAUCAGGUCUCGAACAACGUCAAGCCGGGCAGUAACUUCGUGGUAUUGGAUCUGGAUCCCGCUACUUGGUAUCAUUUACGCGUUACGGCUCACAAUAAUGCCGGUUUCGCCGUAGCCGAGUACGAAUUUGCGACAUUGACGGUGACUGGCGGCACCAUUGCACCGGCCCGCGAGAUACCGGAUGUGAACGAUGGUGGCAACGACGAAGACCCGAUGAAAAUUUUUAUGGCUAAUUUAAAUCUGGUCGUGCCGGUGGUAGCAGCUAUUCUCGUUAUAAUCGUUGCCGUCAUCGUGAUUUGCGUACUCAGAGGAAAGGGCCACGGUAGCGAUAAAGAUGACGUAGUCUAUCAGCAAACCGGUGUUGGCGGCGCAACUCUAGAUAAACGCAGAUCCGAUCUUCGUGACGAACUAGGAUAUAUCGCACCACCGAAUCGCAAGCUACCACCUGUACCCGGCUCCAACUAUAACACAUGCGAUCGUAUCAAGCGAGGUGGAACUGGCUCGUUAAGGAGUCACUCGACGUGGGACCCGAGACGGCACAUGUAUGAGGAAUUGAGUCACUACGCGCCCAACAGAAGAUGCCCGCCGCCACCACGUAUGGGCAGCGCAGACGGUCUCUCGCAUAGAGGUAUGGAGGAUGAGAUCUGCCCGUAUGCUACGUUCCAUCUUUUGGGAUUCCGCGAGGAAAUGGAUCCGAGCAAGGCUAUGCAGUUCCAGACCUUCCCCCAUCCAGGAAACGGCCAUUCUGGCACCAUGGGACCACCUGUAGGACAUCCGACUAACGCUUCUGCUCACAGCCGUUCUGGAUCUCAAUCUAUGCCGCGUCAAAAUGGCCGUUAUUCACGAGUACCAUCUCAAGGAGGCGGCAGCGGCACUCACAACGUUUUCUCGCCCGAAUACGAUGAUCCGGCUAAUUGCGCUCCCGAGGAAGACCAGUACGGAUCGCAGUACGGACAAUACGGCGCACCUUACGAUCAUUACGGAUCCCGCGGAUCGGUCGGACGUCGUAGCGUAGGCUCGGCUCGCAAUAUUCCCAUUUCCGGUUCGCCGGAACCACCCCCACCACCACCGAGAAACCACCAGGAUCAGAACAAUUCCAGCUUCAACGACAGCAAAGAGAGCAAUGAGAUCAGCGAGGCAGAGUGCGAUCGUGACCAGCUUGUCAACCGCAACUACGGCGUGAAUGCUCGCGGCAAGGACGGCAUGACCACCGAGGAGAUGCGUAAACUCAUAGAGAGGAAACCAAACGAAGCUCCCGGCCGGCAAACCGGCAGCCCCCACGGCGGUCACGGGGGACUCCUCACACCCUACGAUACUGUGGCAGUGUAACCUGUAAAUCAUCAUCUUCCGUGAUCUUCCGCCUCUCUCGAUAGCCGGCGGCCGCGAGGAAAGCAGCCGAGAGACGCGGAAAUGAAGCGUACGCUAAUUCUUCCCCCGGUGCUGUCGUCGGUCCAAUUUGCAACGAUUUACGAUAGAAAUUAGACGUCGUCGCGAGUAGAUAGAUUCGAUUACCGUGUAAGGUGUACGCAUGUUGAUACCAUCUCGAGAUCGUGACUACCGACAAAAAUCUGCGGUCCGCCUUGCGAAAUGAGAUUGCCUCCUUCGUUCUUUCGACCAAAUUGCGACGCGCGCGAUCCUCCUUUUUCUAUCACAAACAUUUCGGCCUUCCAGUUUUUCCUUGUACUUCCUCGAGUACAUUCGUUUACAAUUAAUCCUGGGGAAGGCCAACUUUGAAACUGCCUUGUUUUUGAUACGAUUUUUCGAACCGUUCAAUCGAUUACGCACAUCUAGGAAGGCCAGACUUAAGACUGUCUGUAUCUACUGCCUUUUCGCGAAGGAGGCACAGCGAUUCGUAAGAUCAGUCAUAUUUCGUUCGCAAGUCUUGCGAGUCUUGAAACUCUUUGUACACGUUCAAUUAUGUCGACUAAAAUAUUUUUAAAGGCAAAAUUUGCGUUUAGACACGAAUCUUCCUCGAUGGUACGCAUCCCUGACUCAACGUGAGAUGUGAUUUAAAGAUACUCGAUGUGAUAUAAACUUAUGAAUUAAUUAUCUUUGUGUAUUUUGUAUGAAAUAUUUCGAUUAAGAAAGAGACUUUGAAUUUUUCUCCGCACUGUCGUCGAACGUGUACGAGGGGUUCGAGGCUCGCAGCUGUCGCUGUGAGGCAGUCCUGUAGGAAAGCGAGCACACAACCGGAAGUCGCGUGUUCGCGGACGCCCAACCGCGGCAGAGACGCGGCCCGGAUGAUAGUGCUCUCGGCGACGAUGGAUUUAACGGGGGUCUUCUGAUAUAUAUCCGGGGUAUAAUUCUAGACUACAGUCGUCACAGGAGUUGCGUAUAAUGAGGAGAAAAAGGUAUAUAUGAUAUAUACACAUAUACACUCACACACAUAUGAGAUUAGUUGGUCGCUUUUUGAGUCAUGGUUGUGCCACACUGCCGCUCCCUGCGGGCGUACGAGAUAUAUAAACAUACAUACGUACAUAUACUAUAUACAUAUACUGUACGAUUUAUAAUUUCGUAACGAAGGUUGUGUCCCCUUUUCCUCUCUGCCCCCUCUGUCCCCUUUGACAAUCGGCAAUCUUGAGUCUCGACGUCGCGGAGAGCAAAGUUUAUAGGGUACGUCGUCGCUUCUCGUCUUUCGUCAUUGUCGUCGUCGUCCUUUUUAUUAGCGAUUCAUUUAGACGAUCGAUACGAGAUAUUCCUAUCGCUCGCUCGAAGGAUAAGAUUAUACAAAACGCCGAUCGACUGUCCGUAGGAAGAACAACGCGGCAAGCCAUCGAGGGAACACGCUUCUAUACACAGCAGGCCAGCCACAUAUAAAUUAAAAAUAUUAUACAUUAACAACAUUAUCCUCACAUACACGCGCUGGUGCGUGUGCACGCAAUACACUACACUUGCUGUCGUCCUAUAUAUGAGAUAAAUAUUUAGUCCGCUGUAAACAUCUAAUUAAUCCCCCCCGUGCUAAUCUUCUUCGAUCGAUUACGACGUACCGAUAAGAUUCAUUCUGAUAUCGCGACGAUGAUCGUUAACAGAUAUAAGCGAUUCGAGUAAUAUAAAAGCUGAUUUAACGUAGAUAGCUCGUAAGCCGGACGGAUGGUCGCGAGAAGGCGUCGUUGUAUCUUUGCGACGAGGCGAGAAGUCGGGACGGAUCGUUUCCUUAAACGCGAAUCGAAGGGACCACGAUCAGGUGGCUGAUCUUCGCUGGAUCUUCGACGAACGAACGGAACGGAUGCUUUCCUUGCAUCUUCAGGUUGUGCAUCCCGACAUCCCGCGACGCCGCGAUAGCGAUGCCGCGUCUCAUAGUUCGUUUUUAUCACGAUACUAUUUCUAGAUAUAUCUAUACAUACAAAUAUAAAUAUAUAUUAUAUAUACGCUAAUUAUAUAUUAUACAUACGUUGUAAGUAGCUAUUUCUAGGUGUCGCAUUUGUUUGCCGAGACGAUGCACGAGCCGACUCCCAGUUGGGCGACUGGGCGAAGGAGCACCCUCGAGAAAUAUCUGUCACGCGAGAGUUAAAGCUUUUUUACUAUAUCUAAUUCGGGCCGUUAUGUUUUCGCUAUUAUUUUAGCAUUAAUUAAAUUAUUAUUCAAUUUAUUAGAUUUAUUUAAUUAUUAAUUGGAGAGAUACAAGAGAUAUUAAUAUUCUGGUACUCUCGAUGCAUUUUAAUGUUAAUUCAAUUUGUAAGUUGUAAAUGAUACUGUCAUCAUUCAUCAUUCAUUAUUAUCAUCUCAUUUCUUCUUUACAUAAAUGAGAUUAAAAGUAAAAACAUGCCCGAAGAAUUUUUGCGGUCGAAUAGAACUUGAAGGGGUGCUUCGUCCUCAUGAGUCGCCUCUGCUUUCGCAGAGGAAUUCCUACCCUCUGCCUCUCUUAAACUGGCCGCGGCUCGACACGCCGACGCACUUUUACUCAUCGAUGUGAUUUUAAAAGGCUGCGCAAAAGCCUCGUGUCUCGUGUAUAUGUUACGAUCGCGCUCUUACCGUAAUUAACGUAGCUGUAUCGUCCCAAGUCACCUUUUACGACUUAUAUAGUAUCACGUUCUCUAUCUCACUUAACUCGUCCCCGCGAAAAACUUUGUCGCUUCGAAUCGCUUCCGAAUUUAACCAGAGCUAAUACAUCGGCACAGGCCGAUGAUGAUAAUGAUAUUAAUGCAUUCGUAUAUAGUGAUGUGAUCACGUCCGCGCGUUAUUUUGGUCGCGGCCCAUCGUUUUGUCUUAUAAGCGAAGUGGACGUCCGCGACGUCGCACAGGUGAUAACAGGUGUUAUGUUAAGCGGUCCAGGGUGCUUGGCAAGAAGUGUUGUAAAUGAAACAUUUAGCGAUGAUCAGUAAUAAUAAAUUGAAUUUCGAUUAAACAUUGAUUGUUUUCUCAGCUGAAAACAUUGAUAACGAGUAAUACAACUUAAAGACUGAGAAUUUACGUCCACAUAUCAUUUUAUUCACUUCUCGCUCGUAUGUUUGCUUUAUAUUUUUUCACACAUUCUAGCAUCGUAUAUUGUAAAAUUAAUACAUUUGCCACUUAUGUGUGCUCUUCUUGCCAAGCAUCCUCGAGUCCAUCGUUCGCUCGUCGCGUCAUCGACGCGUAUAUUGUGUGGUAAUUCUUUGCAGGAUUCGAUGUUACUUUUUGAGAGACGCCGCGAAGCGUGUCGCUCGCUUGUGUAUGCUUGAUUGAUAUAUGCGUUGAAAGCAUUUGGCUGUUCUUUUUAUACGACGGCGAACGCGGUUCUUCGAGCUCGUACCCUUCUCAUCGUCGCCUGUCAGACUCGAAGCGUUUCCUUUGCGUUCCUUUUUUUUUUAUCCCUGCACCCGUGAAACAGAAGCGGGAUCGCGGUGUAUUGUCUAAUAAUUGGAAAAAAAAGCAAAGAAGAAAACGCGCGCAACAUCAUCCUCCGUGUUUGCGGAGAGACUCGAGGACCCGCUCGCAGUGUAUCGUUUCCUCUUAACGCCACUAUUUUAUGUUUUUGUACCAAAGUUGUAGCGUCUAACUUUGCGUUAAAUAAAUAAAUCUUAAAACGAU